AUGGCCCCAGCACGCAUCAAGUGGGCGCCCUUGUGUUUCGUGGGCCAAUUUGCCAGCCCAAGUGGGGGGCCCGGGCAGGACAUCGAUGCAUCAGUUCUUGCGUCGGAGAAUGGGUCAACCUCGGUGCUGCGACGUUCGGACCUGGGCUUCGAGGGCGACGGCUCCCUGGGCGAUGGUGGCACGACGCCGCUGAUGAUGGCAGCGCACAAGAACGACGCCAACGAAGUCCAGGCCUACGUCAAGAACGGCGCCAACCUCAAUGCGCAGGACCAGUAUGGCUGGACGGCUCUGCGAUAUGCAGUUCGUGCCGACAGCAUUGAGGCCACACAGGCGCUCCUCGAGGGUGGUGCGGACAUCAACCUCGCCUCCGCGAGUGGGCGCACGCCACUGAUGUCGGCAGCUUCCAACGGCAUCAGUGACAUGGUGAAGCUGCUGCUGGAGGCCGGUGCAGAUGCCAAGUUGAAGAGCGGCGGCCUCACUGCCUACGACAUGUCAAUGCGCGGCGGCGCAACAGGUUGCGAGGAGUGCCGGAAGAUGCUCCAGGAGGCAGCCAAGUGUGCUUGGCAGUGUGCGGGCGUGCUGCAGUGUUGGUCCCGUGCGGCCUACUGGUUUUGGGUGACCAUUUUCAACUGCUGGUGGCACAUCCCACACUGUGAGAACGUGCCCAACAGGAAGCCGAGCCAGGGCCAUUCAGGGCGCACGCCGCUGGCCACGCUGGCGCCCUCCCCUUCCUUCUUUGGCGGGAGGAGGCGGCGGACGAGCAGCGUGGAGGAUGGCCUGGAGUUAGACGUCGACCAGAUCAGCGACGCCGCCCAGCGCGGGCGGCCGCGGCGGCGCAAGAACUUGAGCUGCCUGGGCAUCUUCGCCUGCGGGGCCUUGCCUCGGGCCGAGGCCUCCCCUGAGGAGGCAGAGGCCAUCACGCCGGCACCAGCACCCACGCCCUGGGCCAAGAAGGAAGGAGCCUGGGGCGCUCUGCCGCAGAGGGCCCGCGGUGGCCUCGUCGAGCAGCUGGGCUUCCGGAGCCGCGUGCUGCGGUGUAGCAGCGCCGGCAGCCUUUGCGCCGCUUCCAGGCAAGAGACUCGGCGAGAGACGCAGACUCCUCUGGCGGAUCAGUGCAGCAAGCUGAUUCCGCUGAACACAGGAAUUGAUGUGAGACCGCCCUCCAGCGACGUCAUUCUUCAGGAGCUGGAGCGCUGCCGAAUGCGCCUGGAAGACGUGCGUCUCCCUUCCCCGGUUGGCGCGUCGCUCAAGUCGCGUGCCUUCAUGUCGUGCACACCAGCCUCGGAUGCCCCUUCCCCGGAGCAGCUCCCCUCGCCCGCGGCGCUGAGGCUGCGCACGCCUGGGGCAUCGCCCAGCACCACGCUCCCCAGGCCCCGGUCGGAGAAGGCUCGACUGCGACCACGCCGUGAGCCAGAGGAUGCCAGCCUGCAGCUCGCCAUCGAGACAGCGAAUGCCGCCUGCGGCUCGGGCUUUUCACUCGACCUGGACCGCCAGCACGCCAUCCACCCGUGCCUCGUACGACCCCCGGCCACCGGGAGUGGAACUCGGUAG